UUCUUGAGUUCCUCUGCUCUUCUUCUCUCCUCUCUGUGUCGUUUUCUCCUCAGUGGUCGUUUUCUUCUUAGGUGGUUUUACAGAACUGUUCAUUCAAACUGUCGUUUUGUGACUGGCAUUACUAUUCUAUCAAGAAAGUUCUUCUUCUUGGUUGCUUUACUUUGGAGGGAAAACAAUUCUAGAUUCUAAAUUAAAAAAAAAUAGUCUUUGAUAUUUUUGUUUCUAGUGAAGCUGUGAAAAAUGGAUUCUUUUUGUUAGAGAAAGAACAUUACUAAAAAACCAAUUAUGGGUUUUGGAAAACAUGUUUUGAGAAGAAUGAAGUUUUGGUGUUUUUGUUUGUAUUGAAGCUGUGAAGUUGAUUUUAAUUUUAAUUUUAAUUUUAAUUUUAAGUUUUUUGGUUAGAAAGUGUUGAAGAAAUGAGUGAUGUUAGUGUGAAGGGUUCUUCAUGUUUAGCAAUAACAGAGAAGAAUAAUAAUCAGAAGCAAGAUGGUAGUUGUGUUGGCAUUUUCUUUCAAUUAUUUGAUUGGAAUAAAACACUCACAAAGAAGAGAUUUUUCACCAAGAAACUUCUUCCUCCUGUUAAUGCAAAACAAGAUUCUUUGAAGAGGUUUAAAAGUGAUGAGAAAAUGCCUAAUUCUAAGCUCCAUUUGAUUGCUAAUGGGAACAAUGUCGGUUUCACCAACGCGGAAAAAGGUGAAAAUUGUGUUAUAGAGGUUGAACAACAAAAGCAUGAAAUGAAAGUACCAAGUCUUGUAGCUAGGUUGAUGGGUCUAGAAUCAAUUCCAGCUUCGAAGAGAGAUAAGUCGGAGAAAUCUUCCUUUUCUGAUAGUGAUGAUGGGGAGGAGUCUUUCGAAAUCGGGGAUGCAAAUGCAAGGCAUGAUUCAAGGCCUCAGAAGCUUCGGAAAACAGAGGCAAACGAGAGAAGGGCAGUGACUAGGUUUGGUACAGAGGCAUUGCAAAUCAAGAGUGUUUUGUCGCAAGUGAGAAAGUAUAAUCCUCAUCAUCACCAUCAUACGAAUAAACUUGUUUCACCUUUGAAGAGUCCGAGAAUUUCUUCUGGAAAGAGCGGGUCUCGAAGCUCAAGGUUGAUAGAAGCAGCUACUAAGAUCUUGGAACCUGGCUUGCAGCCUACAAGCAGAUCCAAAUCUUCUCUUAAAUCUUCCAUUUCUACGUUUCCUCCCAAUAACGGCAUUGCCAUCGAAAGGGUUGGAGCUCGGCUACAAGAUAUACACAAACAAUCAUGUUAUCAUGCCGGCAUAGACAAGUCAAUGGUGGAGCAUACUUGCAAAACUUGUGGCAAUUUGCUUGAUGUUGAGAUUAGCAGACCUGUUGAUUCAGAUGUUUUCACUGAUUUCUCUUCGGCGUUGACACAAAAUGGAAGAUUAUUCAGUCCUUCUCAUGAAAAUGAUGUAGUUCUUCUGAGAAGUCAAGAGAAGAUCAUAACUCUUGUUGAUGAAGAUGUUAAAAAGAAUGCUUAUUCUUGUAAUGAAUCCACUACCAUAAGAAUACCUGUGCCGGAAAAAUGGAAUUUGUCACGCCAAUUGCACGGAGGCUUAGAGGACGAUGGCACAUCUUCUUUCGCCUUCAGACACAAAACUCAAACGCAGGAACGAGUAUUAAGCGGUGAUAAGAUGUUAUUUGAAUUUGGAUCUAGAACAAGUAAUAUGCAAGAGAAGAGAGUUUCAACUGCUGCAACUGCAAGCACUGCGAAUGGAAAUAAAGAUUCUGUUGGUUUGAAUCGAAGUCUAAGUGGUCGGAAUCGGACAAGGUCUCCUACCAAGUUGGGUAGCUGUGAUCAUGAGAGGAAAAGAAGGACAUUGAAUGUCUCAAAAGUUGAUAAUACAGCUUCUGUCAAUUCGGUUACAUCGAAACAAAGAAAUGUUAGUUUUGAUGCACAGAGGGGGAAAAGGAGAAGUUUUGAUGCUUUCUCUCCAAACAAUUCUAAUGACAAAAGUAAACGAGAGAGUUAUCAAAAAACUGAUAAGAUCAAUAGGGUAGUUUCAUCUACCUUAAGUUUACCUCUUAAAAAAAAGGAAGAAACAAGAAGUGAUUAUCAGAUUAAGACUUGUUUCCAAAGACAUCAUCCACCCUUGAGAGAAGAUGUUAUAGGUGCUUUUCUAGAACAGAAGUUGAAAGAAUUAAGGUCUAGAGAAAAUAAGGAGUUGGUUAAUGGUGAUCGACCUAAAAGAUCUUCUGCUUUGAUUCUUCAAGAAUUGAUAUCUGUUCUGAAUGUGGAGCGUCUAAUAUGCACCGAUGAUCAUCGUAUGUUCAAUGACAAAGAUCACAUGUAUGAAACAAAACAUGUUCGAUUAUUUGGAACGUCUUGCAAUGGUAAUCAUCUCAGUCCUGGAUCAGUCCUAGAAGCAUCCUUUUCUUCCAGUAGUCUCGAAGAAAACUCAGGGCAUUGUUUUCAUCCCGACUCUAUAAAUUGUUCGUAUGAUCAACCAGAACGGUUGGAACAGGAAGCCGGACUUUUAAAUUCUGAAACAUCAUUUAACAUUGGGAAGAUAGGUUAUAAGAUACUGACCGAACUCGUUAACCGAAUUCAUAGUAUUUUGCAUAGUUUAGAUUCUUUUUGGACAAGAUUAACAAAAAGCAAGCUCAAUCAUAUGAAAGACGUUAUCUUCAAUGCUGAAUUGAUUCUUGGAAAUGUGACUCGGCACAGUGAGGUUGAAGUGCUGCCACAGCUUCUCAUUUCUUGCAUUCUUGAUGAACUAGACAACAUUGCAACCAAUACUAUGCUGAGAAAUUUCAACCAAAGCGAAAUAAAGGGAUUUCUAUUUGAUUGUGUAAUCGAGUAUCUAGAAUCAAAUUGCUUCCAACAUUAUUAUAGCGUGUUUAAGUCAUGGUGUGCAUGGACGAAGGUUCCUUUAUGCAUAAAAUCCGAGGUUGUGGUUCAAGGGGUUAAGAGUGAGAUUAAGAAGUGGGAAUUUUUAGCAGGAAUGGAACCAGAUCAAAUAAUAGAAUGGGAGAUGAGUCACUCAUUGGGGAAAUGGACAGGUUUUAACAUUGAAGCUUUUGAGUUUGGUGUUGAUAUUGGUGAGGAUGUGCUUCAAAUUUUGCUUGAUGAAAUUGUUGAAGACCAUGUAAAUUUCAGGAAAGUUACUGUUUGAAGUUGCUAAGACCAUGCUAUUAAAACUCCUCUAAGGUGUUCAUUGGAAUUUAAUCAUUUAUCACCAGUAAUUUGUCUGGUCUUUUUUUGUUCUGAUAAAGAUUCAUGUUACACAUUGUUUUUACAAAUAGAUUGAUGAUGGUAUUUCUAAUAGAGGGCUCUUGUGAUCUUUUAAUUUGGCCAAAAUUCAGAUCAAUAUAGGGGUUUUAAACAAAGGUCUACAAUCGCGAUUUAGACAGUCAUAUCAAAUUUUAUAUGCCAAACAAAGUAAUUCAUCUUACUAGUUU